AUGCAAGCUCCAGUGGUGUUUAUGAACACUAGUCAAGAGAGAACUACGGGUCGUCAAGCUCAAGUUUCUAACAUUACAGCAGCUAAGGCUGUCUCUGAUGUGAUCCGCACAUGUCUAGGUCCAAAGGCUAUGUUAAAGAUGUUAUUAGACCCAAUGGGUGGUCUUGUAUUGACUAAUGAUGGUCAUGCUAUUUUAAGAGAAAUUGAUGUAGCUCAUCCUGCAGCUAAAUCGAUGUUAGAAUUAUCUAGAACUCAAGAUGAAGAAGUUGGUGAUGGUACUACCACCGUUAUUAUUCUUGCAGGUGAAAUUUUAACUCAAUGUGCACCAUAUUUGAUUGAAAAGAAUAUUCAUCCUGUAAUUAUUAUUCAAGCUUUGAAAAAAGCACUUGUUGAUGCUUUAAAAGUUAUUAAAGAGGUCUCUAAGCCUGUUGAUGUUGAAAAUGAUGAAGCAAUGAAAAAAUUAAUUAAAGCUUCAAUUGGUACUAAAUAUAUUAACUUAUGGUCGGAAAAAAUGUGUGAAUUAGCUUUAAAAGCUGUUAAGACAGUUAGAAUAGACAUUUCACAGAAUAUGAACUUAAAUGAAGAUGAUCCAAAAUUUGAUAUUGAUACAAAGAGAUAUGUUCGUGUUGAGAAGAUUCCAGGUGGUGAAGUAUUAGAUUCUCGUGUCUUAGAUGGUGUAAUGUUAAACAAAGAUGUUGUUCAUCCAAAGAUGUUACGUUCUCGUAAGAAUCCACGUGUUGUAUUAUUAGAUUGUCCAUUAGAAUAUAAGAAAGGUGAAUCUCAAACAAAUAUUGAAAUUACAAAAGAAGAAGAUUGGAACAGAAUUUUACAAAUUGAAGAAGAACAAGUUCAAUUAAUGUGUGAACAAAUUUUAAGUGUUAAACCAGAUGUUGUUAUUACAGAAAAGGGUGUUUCAGACUUGGCUCAACAUUUCUUAUUAAAAGGUGGUUGUUCAGUACUAAGAAGAGUUAAGAAAUCUGAUAACAAUAGAAUUGCUCGUGUUACUGGUGCUACUAUUGUUAAUCGUGUUGAAGAUUUAAAGGAAUCAGAUGUCGGUACUCAAUGUGGUAGAUUUCAAGUCGAAUUAAUUGGUGAUGAAUAUUUUACAUUUAUUGAUGAAUGUCAAGCUCCAAAAGCUUGUACUAUCUUAUUACGUGGUGCCUCAAAGGAUAUAUUAAAUGAAAUUGAACGUAAUUUACAAGAUGCAAUGGCUGUAGCGCGUAAUGUUAUGUUAUCGCCAUCUUUAUCACCAGGUGGUGGUGCUACAGAAAUGGCAGUUUCUGUUCAAUUAGCAGAAAAGGCAAAACAAUUGGAAGGUAUUCAACAAUGGCCAUAUCAAGCAGUUGCAGAUGCAAUGGAAUGUAUUCCACGUACUUUAAUUCAAAAUUCUGGUGCAAACCCAAUUAGAGUAUUGUCUCAAUUAAGAGCAAAACAUGCACAAGGUAAUUUUACAACAGGUAUUGAUGGUAAUACAGGUAAGAUUGUUGAUAUGGUUGAAUAUGGUAUUUGGGAACCUGAAGUCAUUAAACAACAAAGUUGUAAGACUGCUAUUGAAAGUGCUUGUUUAUUAUUAAGAGUUGAUGAUAUUGUUAGUGGUAUCAGAAAACAAGAAGAAUAA